CACAAUGUAUAUAAGAGCUGAGAGUUCUGGUCCUUCAUCUUCCACGACUCAAAAUUAACUGACCGGAGUGCUUCUGACCAGCAGAUCAAUCUGCUAAGAAGGGGCUACCAAAGAUGAAACCACUGUAUUUGAUCUUCAGCCUUUGGGUUCUAGCAGGAUGUUUCCUGUUCAGUGAGUGUCACAGAGCCCACGGAAGACCAAACCAUGGAAGACCGCCUCCUCCUCCUCACCCUCCCUUUUUCCCACCACACCGUCCCCCCCCUUGUAUACCUGUAGUUCCACCUCCACAUCCCAGACCUCCAAGCAACGCUACCACUCCACCUCCUCCCCCAGUACCAACAAAUACACCAGCUCCCAGUGUCUCCGUAACUACUGCUACUGCCUCAAAUUCCAGUGAUGCUUUUCAGAACUUUUUGGAAAUGAUAAGAUCUUUAUUGCAGUCAGGAUGAAAUACUCCAAAGCACUGUGAAAUUAGAGGAGAAAUAACCUUUAAAAGGCUUAAGAAACAACAUUUUCCCAAGCAUUACACAAAAUGAAAAUAAAAAAGAACGUGA